AGAGUCCAGGAGAAAGCAUCUUUCUUGGAACUCAGGAGACUGCUGCUUCUGCCUAGCCCUGCUUAUAAAGCAUGAGCACCGAUGAGGAUUAUUACGCGUACCUCAGCUCAGUGUCCAGAGACGACUAUGAGGAUGAGUUCUUUCUCCGGUUUAGCAAACUCUUCCUAAUCUGCAUGUACACAUCUGCUUGCAUCUUUGGAGUGUCUGGGAACACGCUGGUUCUCAUUGUGUUUGUUUUCCAUCAGAAAGUGAAGACAGUAACAGAUGUCUUUUUAGUAAGCUUGGCCACAGCAGACUUAUGCUUCCUUGGCACGCUGCCAUUCUGGGCCUACUCUGCCGCUCAGGAGUGGAUCUUUGGCACUUUGGCAUGUCAAGUCAUCCGAGGCUUCUACACCUUGAAUCUGUAUGGCUCUAUGUUGACCCUCACUUGUGUGACUAUCGAGAGGUAUUUCGCAGUUGUCCAAGCCGCCAAAGUCCAUAUCAGCCAAUCCAAAAGGACAAUGUGGGGCAAAGCAAUCUGCGUUUUUCUCUGGGUUGUUUCCAUGGCCUUUGCUUUGCCCCAAUUCAUGUACAGCACCGAGGCCAGGUAUGACAAAGCAGUGUGCCAUGCAAAUUACUCUACACUUCACAUGGAACAAUCCAUUGAAAUCACUCAAAUGGCUCUCGGAUUCUUCUGCCCGAUGCUCGUCAUGCUUUUUUGCUACUUAACCAUUAUACACACUUUGCUCAAAGCAAAGGGUUUCCACAAGCACAAGUCAGUCAAAAUAAUAUUUGCUAUUGUUGUGACAUUUAUUUGCACGCAGGCACCCUACAACUUGCUGAAACUGAUUCGUGUCAUAGACCGGCAUGUCCUCCUCAGCCGCUAUUACGAAUACGCACUGAUCAUAACGGAAGCAAUUGCCUAUUUCCACAGCUGUCUCAACCCUGUCCUCUAUUUUUUCAUUGGAGUGAAGUUUCGGGCGAAUUUGAAGAAAAUACUUACAAACAUUUGGUGUGCCAAACAUCGACAAAUGGCAAAGCAAUGGCAAACAACUGAAGACAACAGCUCAAAAACCUACACCGCUUCAAACAACGUAGAAGAAACAAGCCUACAUCCACUGUAA